CACAGCUAUUCCUCCGGACGAUGAUGGUUGCGGGGAGACUGUCAUACAUGUAGACAUGAAGUAUUAAAGAAAUCUAAGACAUCAUGUCUCUCAGAUAUAGCUAACUUAAUAAAUAGCUGGUUCGACUUACUGCAAGAACGGCAUCGACAGUCAGCGUCAUAUGGCGGGGCUGUCAUACUUAGUGUUUCGUUUUUCGGGGUCCGCUGGUCGGACUUAUGGGGUGUUUUCCAAAGGACUCACACGGACUUUGUUAAUAUUUUUUGAUCUUGCAUGGCGACUUCGAAUCAGAUUCCCCUACCUCUACCUCAUCGCCUCAAUGAUGUUUAAUGUGCGCUUACAGGUUCACAUUGAAAUACACUGAUUUGCAUCCUAACCGUUUUGCUGUCCUCUCCACUAUUCACCAUCUCCCUGACAAUGGUCCCAGCAUGGCACUGACGUGCCUCCAACGUCAGUCGCAGCAACAAGGGCCUCCACACUCGGGGAGAACACGCAGCACCCAACAAAGGGAAAAUGACAAUGUCGCCAUCUGAAAACUGUGAAGCAGUGGACUCCAGGCAGCCUGGAGAGGGCUAUGCACUGGUGCUGUGGUGCACGCUAUAUACAUGUUCAGCAGUGUACCCACAGUCCUCAGAGGCAUGAGGGUUGAGACAUCUGUUUACCCAGGGACCCAGGCAGGAGUAAACUGCCCGGUAUACCAGGGCAUAAAAUGCAUGGGAUCCAGUACAUAAAGGGUUAACUGUAUGAAUAGAGGGAUUCGAUAUGAUUUAGCUCGUAUAUACAGUGAAUACACUUGCAGGGCAUUCUUACACCUUUAAUCACCAUGAUUAAUAAUUGCUACUGCCCCUGUAUUUUGUUUUUGCCCUGGCCAGAUCUCACCCCUUUCUAGUCAUCUCGUAGGGAACAACUGGAGCCUUAAUAUUUAUAGUAUGUUUUUUUAAACUAGAAUGUCACAAAUUCUAUCCCCAUACACUUGUUUUCGAGUGGGUUGUAAUCUUUUUAACGGAGUUUCAGACUGUGCUUAGUCUUGGCUCCUUACCUCCUGAGCAGCGUAAGAUGAUAGGUACAUACAGCAUAGGACAGGUCCAGUGCUGGGGAAGUCAUGGACGUUGUUAACACUAUGUGGUUGUGUGUAUCAGUGGAGGUUAUGCAGCAUAUGACAGGCCUCACUCACUGCAUGCUCUCAAAAAUGCCAGAUAAGAGGCACGUGAAUGACCACACACACACACACUCACACUCACACACACACACCUGUUGGUACUUAGGUCACGCACCACUUUUACACCCAGCCUUUAGACGUAAUGUUACAUUGUACAGUAAUGGUAACAGUGUAAGGUUACAAUUUUAUUUUUGUUUUUUUGGAAAUGCAAACAGUUUUUGUGUGUUACAGUUUGUGCAUUCAAGAAAUUCUUAUAAUCACUGUAUUGAAUGCACUUUGAUUUAGCGUAUCCUAUUUGGAUAAAUAAAUUGAAAGAAAAUA